CCCACCAGCAUCCACCAAGCGCUCGCCAGGCCUCUACAACCACACACACCCUCACACUGAGACGAGCAGACAAGAGAGCGGAAAGACGGAAAGCGUGGCUUGUUAGGGGUGCAGUCAAGCACAAGCCAUUCAGAGAGAAAAUGACAGAACAGCAGAGAACCUCAGACCAGCUGCCUGCAGGAAAGGGCCAAGGGGGAGCCGGAGCCACUUACAAGUUGGCUGCAUUUGAAUUUGAGAACUUUCGUGGAAAAAAGGUGGAGCUGUCUGGUGACUGCAAAGAUGUGCUGGAAAAGACACAAAGAGUCGGCUCAGUCAUUGUGGAGUCAGGACCAUGGGUUGCGUUUGAGCUUCCAGGUUUUGCAGGAGAUCAGUUUUUGCUGGAGAAAGGAGAGUAUCCACGCUGGAGCACCUGGACUAGCUGCCAGAGCAGCUACACGCUGGGUUCUUUUAGGCCCCUGAAAGUGGAUGGCGCAGAUCACAAGCUCCACCUGUUUGAGAAUACUGGCUUUGAAGGCAGAAAGAUGGAGAUUGUUGAUGAUGAUGUCCCCAGCCUUUGGGCUUAUGGUUUCCAGGACCGUGUAGCCAGCGCAAAGGCUAUUAGUGGAACGUGGGUGGGAUACACGUAUCCAGGCUACAGGGGGCACCAAUAUGUGUUUGAGCAUGGAGACUUCAAGCACUGGAACGACUGGGGAGCCUCUGAACCUCAGAUCCAGUCCGUCCGACGUGUGCGGGACAUGCAGUGGCAUAAGAAGGGGUGCUAUAUUGCCCCUGCACCUGCCCCAACCCCAGCGCCUGGACCAGCCCCUGCUCCAGCUCCAGCUCCAGCUCCAGCACCAAAUCCCAACCCCAACCCUAAACCUAACCCUACUCCAAAAUCUCAACCCCAACCUUAACCAGCAUACCUCCAUCAUCUCCUCCUGGCUUCAGAAUGCUAACUGCAGAGUGCCCGGCUUUUCUUCCAUGAAUCUUAUUCCUAAAAGCUCUCUGAUCAUGCAGUUUUGUAAAACUGAAACUGACUAAAGACAAGUGCAUCUCUGACACAAAUAAAGGUUUUGGCCCUAAA